GACUGCUAAUGUUUUCACAUACUCAACGGCAUGAACGAAUACUUGAAGCAGUAAAGCGAAACCUGAACAUACAGUCAAAAGCAGGGCUGCAUUAUCCAAACACGUGGUCCAUCAUCAACAUUCUCAAAUAUUUGGCAGAAAACACAGAGUUUAUCAGUGAACAUGCAGAAGAAAUCAAAAAUGCUAUCAAUGACCAAUUAGAAUCAGUUAUUGAAGAUGUCAACACUCUACAAACAGCACGCAACAAAGCGUCCAAACUGCAGGUGAAACUGGAUACGACAUUUUAA